GGUGAAUAGGAAUUGUCGGAUCCUAGUUCUGGGAUAAGUUAAACAAGCUACGCUACUGUUAAGUUACUCUAAAACGGAUCGUGACGUAGAUGAUAUGUGCCUAAUGUGCAGCUCGGUUGGCCAUGGGGGAGGUGUUUUUGAUGAAGAUACCUGGAAAGGACUGGCUAGAACAUUAGAUAGGAAUUCCAACUGGGCUGAUGCAAGUCGCCGCUCACCGAAGAACAAAUGGACUGGUGAAGAGGUACUAGAGUUCCCCCCACAGAGUCAUCUUGGGGGUUUAUCCCAGCCUUGGAUUCGAAGAACUCUCUAUAAAAAUCCGAGGCCGAUGUCGGCUGUCGAGCUGCUGCGACUCGACUUUGUCGAGUGAAAUAUUGUAGAUGAUCUGGGAAAUAUUUCCCGGCUACUCCCGAUUCAUCGCACAUCGUGGGGAGCGCUGGCGCUCCCUGACGCGCAUUAAGCCAAACCCAGGAGUAAAGAAAGGGUACCCGCCCAUACUCUGAGAGCCACGCGGAGCAUCUCCCACAGAUCAAGAUGCCACGGCGGCGCACUGAACAACAGGCCAUAUCUAAUAAUUGGAGGUUUGCGGUAGCAAGGCCAAGCGAUCCCCUUCAAGGUUGUCAGCUGUCACGAGCUGUCAUGGCUCUGCAGUAUAAUUUCUUUUACUGGGGGAUAUAUAAACUCAUCUUUUAGUGAUGAGAUUCUAAAUCCACUUGACUAUUUUCGGUUUAUUUGGAAAGGGGAAGGGUGAAUUUCUGAUGCUCUGUUUCUGUUGGCACGUCAUAGUAAGGUGCUGCUAACUAAUCUGGUUUGAUGGACGGAUGUAGAGUCUUUUUUGUUGGUAGAAUC